UCUUCCCUGAUUCCCCAAAAAUGGCGAUAAACACAAUGACAAUCUCGACAUCACCAAAAUUUCUUCAUCAAAAUUCCUUAUACUCUCCUCUAAACGCUUAUCUUCUUAUUGAUUCACAAUCGACCCAUUUCAAAUCCAGAAAAUCUCAAGUUUCUCAGUUCACUUUGAGCUUAAAUCGAUUCAGAAAUGCAUCUAUUGUUCCUAUUGUAAAAGCACAAACCACCCCAGAUUACAUGCCAGACUCCAAAUUUUACAAGAUUGAAGCGAUUUUAAGGCCAUGGAGAGUUGCACAGGUCUCAUCGGUUCUGUUGAAGAUGGGAAUUCGUGGUGUUACAAUUUCUGAUGUGCGGGGCUUUGGUGCUCAGGGUGGGUCUACAGAGAGACAUGCUGGUUCUGAAUUUUCUGAAGACAAUUUCGUAGCAAAAGUUAAACUGGAGACUGUAGUCAGCAAAGACCAGGUUGAGGAAGUAAUUGCCAAGAUAAUCGAGGAAGCAAGAACCGGGGAGAUUGGUGACGGCAAGAUCUUUUUGACUCCUGUUUCAGAUAUAAUACGAGUUCGUACAGGGGAGCGUGGAGAAAAGGCUGAGAGAAUGACUGGUGGACGCUCUGAUAUGACCUCUACAGUUAAAGUUUGAGCUGUAACCCAAAAAUGAGGUAAAAAUGUAGAACGUUAACAGUAGCAGUCGCCUCUAUUUCAACAUGGAAAUAACUGUAAGCUUUUCCUGGGUGACGUUUUCAACCUGCAUUUUGAAGAUUUUCAUUUUAAGGUAAGUGAGAAUAAUAGGACAAACUUGAUUUUGUAAAUAAAGACGGUCUUAAUAUUUGAAUGCAUAAUCUUCUUUUAACAUUCUGGAUUGGCAACUGUACGAAAUAUAAGGUCGAAUCGAUCA